AUGCGCUAGUCUGAAUUCGCAUAUCCUCGGGAUAACAUCUGGCGUCAGAUUGUAAUCAUUGCACUGAAAACAUGUGAGAAACUAAAUGCUUUAAAUCUUCGUCUAGAAACAAUUAGUUGAAAAUCUUGGAGUGAACGAUAGUUUAGUGAACUUGAUUGAAUUUAGCGGAAGUGAGUUUUCGACAUCUGCAAUGUGUUGCUGUAUGAAGGUGUCGGUGAACCUGUUCAUGAAUCUGCUUCAACGCGUCUGUGAUAAUAUAAUGCAACUGAUUUACUGCCAAAGGCAGUGGCCUCCGUCUCAAGCCGAUGCCCAGAGUGGUCCCCCAAGUUGCGGUAGUCUCGCACUAGCUAUUGCCGAUGAAGAUCAAUAUCAGUACCAUCACCAGAAUUCUUCUAACGGUCGCAAACCGCAACAACCAGUCGAUCGUGAUGCCCUUCGAGAUGUGGAUAGCGGAGAGGCCAUUGACCGAGGCAAAGGAUCUAGCAUUUACAACGUAAUUUAUGACACUGUGGAACUCGAGUCGUAUUACUAUGACGUUGGUCGACGGCAAUGCGAAGCAUUGCUCAAAGGUUACAAGGAAGGGACAUGUUUGGUGAGGCCAUUUAAAUUCAAGCAAAGCCACAUCCGCUACAUCCUGUCGAUUAAAGCGACCAGCAACUACUUCCACCUCUUCAUUCGUCAAACCGGUCCAAACCGAAUGUACGCACUCGGCCUGGAAAAGCAAAACGAGCGACAGUUUAAAUUUCCCGCCGAUAUUGUCCUCUACUAUCGCACCCACUUGUUGAAAUGCGCCAGGAAUAAAAUCCAGAUAAUGCUGUAUUUGGUGCCGCUCGAAAACACUGAAAUGAUUGAACCGGCCGGGACUGCACCGACAGUGCCACAAAAGAAAUCGUUAAAAUUUAGGCCAUAAUGUUUUUUAUUAACAUAAAACUGAGUAUAUGUACAAAUCCUUACUGCAGUGAUAGAUCACCUGUUUGGUUAAAAAUGACGAUUCUUAUAAUAUUUUUGGAAACAAAUUUCUCUGUGUGUACAAUCUAUUUUGUAUGUUUUGAUUGUUAUAACGGCAUAUUGGAGAGCCGUUUCAGUUAUGAUCAAUAAAAUCGCAUUGAGCAAAGUAUCACUGUGACUUUGUAAAUACUCGGUGUGUUAUU